ACUUAACGUUUAUCGUCAUAGAAAAGAUUCGAAGUUUUAUGUUCUGUUAAUAAUUUACAUCAGAAAUAGUUAAUAUCUAAUGAACACGGGCAAUAAUAAAUAAUAAAUACAAAGAUCAAGGACAAUUGGAAUUUUGGACACAGAGCUGAAGAAGAAUCCUUGGCAUGGUUCUGCCUUAAGAUGUUCCAAAAUAUAAGUAACGUGUCGAUUCCAAGAGAACUCCUGAAGGAAGAUGCUGGAAUUUCUCUCGAUAUGGGAGGAUCCCUUCUCAAAUGUGCCUACUAUUCAAGCGAAACAUCAGAAAAAGAAGUCAUUAUAAAGAUUCUUACGCUAUCACCAAAGGGUGUUCUGGAAAACAUGAAAAAGUUACGUUCUGAGAUUUUGGACAAUAUCCACUUUCCUUGGGACACGUAUACAAUGGCUGCAACGGGUAUCACUAUCUAUAAAUAUAAAGAUGAUAUCAUUAAAAUUCUCGGUAUAAGAGAUCUGACCAUACACUCCGAAUUCGAUGCAUGCGUCAAGUACGUGAAUGCGAUUCGUGACAACCUACCGAAAGAACGAUACAUAGAGGCAAAGAGUAGUGAGGCUAUAGGCCGAGCACACAAAGCCAUGCAGGAUUACCAAGAGUUUUUUACCUCCAUUGAUUUCAAAACCAAAGCUGAAACUCAAGAAAACAAUAACGACAAAGACGAUGCCAACAGUGAGAUCAACCAGACAAUUGAAGAUGUCUCUGACACAAUACCUGAUGAAAUAAAUAACGUUGAGCAGCAUUCCGACGAAGCAAAACAAAAAGCUGAAUAUCCAUACAUGUUAGUCAAUAUUGGCUCUGGUGUGGGGAUUCUAAAGGCCAAUGCGGAUGGGUCCAAUUCCAUGAUAAAUGGUUUGAACCGUGGAGGCAGAUCAUUUAUAUCUCUAGUAUCUCUUACGACAGGUGCCAAGAAUUUUGAUGAUAUAUCAGAAAUGCUAUCAAGAGGCGAUGCUUCAGCAGUUGACACACUCGGGAAAGACAUCGAAAAUCGGGAAGAAAAUAUGUAUUCCGCAAUCCCAGAUGACGCAGUUAUAUACACUCUGGGAAAUGCAUUGUGGAAAUCUCCAGAUGAUUUCAAACGGGAAGAUAUUGCAGUAGCCAUCCUGAGAAUGACCUGUGAAGAAAUUACCCAAUUAAUCAGUAGCGAAACCAGAUUAAAUGACGUCAAGGCAGUUUACUUAAGUGGUGGCUUUUUGGUUCCGCAGAAAACGAGAGAAAUCCUGACAGAAGGUCUCACUGGUUUGACAUUAAUGAACAAUUCUGUAGACUUCGAAUUUAUCAAGCAUGGAUCACAUUUAGGAGCUCUGGGAUGCUUGAUUUCCAGCAAAGGUUCAUAGACAAGACAACUCCAGCACUUAGUAGCAGCUGUAAAUAAUGAUGUGCAGAACUAAAGAACAAACACAGAACAAACUAAUUCAUUCAAAAUUGUAAUCAACUGAACAAUUUGUUUCUAUUUUGCGGAGAUAUUUUAUAAAUAAUAUUUUAUUCUAUUUAUAUGAUGUUAAUUACAUACAGGUCUGAUGUAAUAUUUGUUUUCAAACAUAAACCGAUAUUGAAUACAUGUAUCAUCAGUACAAUAACAUGGUGAAUUUCAUUUAUUAAACAGUUACAUAUGCGUUACAUAUCGAACAAGUAUAAUUAAACAAUCACAGUAUGAGCUAUAUAAUACACUAUACAUAUCCACGUGCCAAACCUCAACAAAAACUCAAAAUUUGUCUUUAUAAUAUUUUGAGUCUUUCUUGUCAUUAGAGUCAGUGAUGUAAGCAAUGUUGUCGUACACAAUCGUAGUUCCGUUGUUCACCUGUAAUUCUUCAUAUUUCCCUGAAAAUAAAAUCUAUAUGUCAUGCUUAUACAUUCAUUUAAAAUCAUGUGAUUAGUUUUUAGCUGGAUAAUGAUAUUAUAUAACAAAUGUCAUAAUUUAGGGGAAGUAUUUAUAAUGUGAUAUCGUUAUUUGGGAUCGUGCUUUUUAUGAUUUUGAAGCUCGAACUCACAACUAAAAUCAACAGAUAACAUUGAUUAGUGUUCAGAUUCAAUUAAAGGUGGCAACCUAUAUACGCUAAUAAAUGAUUAACAAUGGCUACCUCCUUGCCGAAGUAGCCGUUUUGCCUCUGCUUCUUUGUGGUCCAAGUCUUGGUAUAAUAUGUAGGCGAAACCAUAUCUGUAUAGAAUAGAUGAGAUGAUAGCCCCGGCUAUAGGCCCCACCCAGUAAACCUGAAAAAAGAAACACAAGGUAGCUAACAUUACAUUGUUAUAAAAUGAUUCAUUAGUAAAUAAAUUUAAUUAAAAAAAA